CCACACAACAGUUGACGUGGCUUGCAAUAAAAUAUUGUUUUCUUUUUCUUUUUUGGUUCAUGCGGCUAGAAAACCGGAGAGAGGGAAAAUCAAAUUUUCAUUUCCAAUUCAUUUCGCACGCUGCCCAGCCCCUCUCUCUCUCUCUCUGAAAUUUCUCUCCGUACAGAUCUUUUCUCCGGUCAGUGACGUCGCUGGCUUCUCCGUCGUCCGUCUUCCGGCGCUUCCCGCUCCGGCAGUUUCUCACUCACUCUCUCUCUCUCUCUCUCUCUCUCUCUCUCUCUCUCUCUCUCUCUCCGGCGGGAACCCAGCAGAUUCAGUCGUGUCUUCGCCGUUCUCUCUCGGCGGUCGCCUCCUCUGUCGUCCGGCGCUUCCUCUCCGGCAGAUUUCGUCUCAGUCCAGCUCUGUCUCCGGCCGGCCACGCUAAAAACAGGCCCGAAAAAAUGUCAGUAAAUAGUGAUGCGUCAAGACCCAUUCCGUUAUGUUACUGUGGAGUGUGUGCACGUCUAAGGUACUCAUGGAUUAGUGACAACCCCGAAAGAAAGUGGUAUGACUGUAUAAAGUAUAAGGAAGCUGGGGAUUGUGAUUUUUUUAAGUGGGCUGAUAACCACAUGACUUCUUAUGAGAAGAGAUUGGAGGAACAUAUGAGAGACAUAGAGAAAGGGAGACAGGCCGAUAUUAAGAAAGUUGAGAAGAUGACAAUGGCCAAUAUUGACAGACUUGAGAAGCUGAUUGAAACAAAACACAAGGAACAACAUGCUAGACUUCAGUUAGAGUUGGGUCUGCGUCAAAGUAAUAGAAAGAUGUUUUGGGUAGCAGUACUUGUAAUCAUUUUGGGCCUUGUAAUUUAUCUCAGUAGUUAUAGUGGUUUUGAAGUUAACUACUUGAUGUUAGAAUGAAAGGAUGAAAACAAGAAAGUUGAAAAUGAUCGUUGUCAAAUAUUUUAGUUAUGAUGGAAGUUGAUAUGUAAAUUCAGUAUUUGAUUAGUCAAACCCAUAUAUUUUAUGUAAUCCCUGUAAUUUCUCCUUUCUAUUCUUCCUCAAAAGAAAAAGUCUUGUUUUAUGUAA